AUGUGUUUUUAUUAUCCAGCCCCCAAGUCCAAGAAAAGCAAGAAGGUCAAAAAGUCGACACCUACGAAUAGUACGCUCAGUAGCGGUAGUAUUCAAGAUAUUGCACGCAUGUUCCCAAUGAACCAUCCGCACGGGGUAUACGUCCCGUAUGGCUCGGGGCAACGCUUUGAGGAGUAUGAGCCCAGCUACAUGGCGAAAGCCCAAGCGCAAUGGGCUUCUCAUGGGGAUACACUCAAAGAAACUCUUGGGACGGCAAAGCAGAACGGAAGCAAGCUAGACGAGGUGAAGGUUUACGUCUCCGAUGGAUUCGCGGAGGCCCGGGACUCUGUUAAGCAUACACAGAACGCGAUUAGAGGCACCCACGUCGCCAUCAACGACACCUACGCAGCGGUUGGAGAUGCGCAUAACACCCUCAAGGAAGCUUAUGAUACGAUUCAGAAAAACCAUGGCGAAUACGUGGCGAAGCAGGAUGGGUGCGUUGCCGAGAUUCGUCAAGUUCGAAGCUUGUUAGAGGAUGAAGCGAAAAAGCGAGAAGAGGCACGUCGCAAACGGCAAAGCAUGCAGGAAGCCUGGGAAUAUUUUCAGUGGUUCCAGCAGACCGAACGAGACGCGGAACCGAAGUCCUCGAGGAGCAGUACCCGGACGCAGUCAAGCGGCAGCAGUACUAGCAGUAAAACCGACAGUAACACACGCCGUAGACGACGGACGCCACCCGAAGACCAAUACGAGUCUGAGAAGCGACAACAUCAAGACCGGGAUCUUAAGAAGGCAUUUCGGGAGUAUAUGAAUGAGUUCCUCGGUGACGGACAUCCGCAUGCUGGCCGCCCCGAGAGACAUCACGAGAACCAUAACCACUUCUACACGUACCCUCCCGCAUCUCCGGCAUGGUCAGGCCAGUAUCCCUCUGACCCUUGGAAUGGUCGACAGAACGCUCCUCCACCGUACCCGGGAUGGGAAGGGUUCUACGAUGACAAUAUCGACGACGACAUGGGUCAACGCCGACCUCCUCCUAGACGAGCAUAUAAUGCACCGCGGGGUGGCCGUGCUCGUAUGGGCCCAUGGGAUUAUAUGUAA